GCGGAGCGCGUGCGGCCCGAGGGCUGAUCGGGGGACCGGCGUGGCCCUGCCCGCAGCCCGCGGCGAUGGGCGAGGCGAGCCGGGUGUGCUCCGGCUACUACAGCCUCAACCACAGCUUCGUGGAGCCCUUCCCGUGUCCGCGGCGCGGAGAGGCGGCCGCCCUCCGCUACUGCUGCGGCUUCGCAGACCUCAAGUACUGCUGCAGCGAGCCGGGCAGCUACUUCCCCUACAAGCACAGCUACAUGUGGAGCCUCAGCAUCGGUGCCCUGAUUGGAUUGGGAAUUGCUGCCCUUGUUUUACUUGCCUUUGUCAUCAGCGUCUGUGUCCUUUGCUAUCUAUUUCUGCAUACAAAGCCUCAAAGGUUAGACACUGGCCUUAAACUUCAACACCUAGAGACUUCUUCCACUCAAGAAGGCAACUCAAAUAGGAAAAUCAAAACCCCCAAUUCAAACGCAGCAUCAAAUUCAACAAAUGAAACAAUCUAUGAAGCUGAUGAUGUAAUUGAGGAAAAAACAAUGGAUACAACACAAAUCAACAUCGUGUAUUAUUAAAAAUUCUGUGUUAUAAAAGCUCACAGGAGAGAUGGAACAGUAAAAAUAAAGUGCAUUUUAAAUAGUUCGUAAUAAUACUUUUAAAAAAUUCACCACUCACAAAGCAAAACAUAGCUGCAUUUUUAAUCAAUCUUUUUAUUAAACACCCAGUAAGGAUUUAAUAGAUUUUCAUGUACAUAAGUUUACUUUUACUUGCUAAUUAAAAUGUACAUUAUACAAAAUUAUGCUAAUACUUUAGGCAAAGUUAAAUAAUUUAUCAAUUAGCAG